CAAAACUCAAGUAGCGUCUGGUCCGCUCCUGCUUUUCCUCAACAACAAACGCUUCAACUCUGCUCCACAGUUCACACGGGCACCGAGGCGAGGCGUAAUGUCUUUCCCACAGCUUUACGAACGAUAACACGGGAAUGCAGAAAAGUUACGCGACGUUUUGAGAAAUAAUUUAGGGAAAAACAUCGCGCUGUGGUCGGAUUUUCCAGCGGACCUUACUACAGCAGCUGCUCCGGACAGUCCACACUCCUACAGCGCGCAUGCCCACAGGAGCAGACGCAGACAGAGGACUUGUUUAGCUGGUGAGGCUCCAUGCUUUUGAAUAAGACCGUUUGGAACCUCAAGAUUGGGCAUCUGUAACAGAUCUGGUGAGCCCUCUGAGCUGGCAGCAUGGCCCUGGUUCAGGCUCUGCCCAUGUCUGCUGAUGCCCACACCCCCGGUCUCUCUGGAGGGGCUCGGAGAAGGCACCACUCCAACCCCUCACCCCCCACCAACCUGCCCCCCUCUGCCCUGGAGCCAAUGGGGUCAGUGGGCAGCCUGGUACCCUCCCGGACCGUCCCGUACCAGGAUCACCGCUCUGAUUUGGGAGCGAGGGUGCGGAAAGUUACGCCGGGCAAUGCUGGUUUUGGAUUGGAAGCAUCAAUAGACGCUUUAGUGCCAAACCACACCUCCCCAAUGAAGAAGCAGGGGGCAACAGGGUCCAGUAGGGGUCAGGAGGUAGAAAAAGGACACUAUACUUAUCUGAAUGAGGAGUAUGUGGAUGACUGGAAUGAAAAUCUAGGAAACCCAAUCUGUCCUGGAGGCGAAACAGAUGACAUAAAAGAGGGGUUCAACGGGAACAUGGGUGGACCUCCUCCAAAACUUAUCCCAGUGUCAGGAAAACUGGAGAAGAACAUGGAAAAAACUGUCCUCCGUCCAACUGCGUUCAAACCUGUCAUUCCCAAAAGCCGCACCUCGAUGCAGUACCUGUCACCACGCCACUGUGCCAUCGCCCCCGACAACCAAUCCAACCUGAACCUACUCAGCCCCACCCACCGAGAGGUCUCGCCCCCCUCCCCCGACAAACGCAGUUCCUACAGUGGGGGCCGAAAUGUGGGUAGCAGCAGUCAGUCCUGCUCCCUAUCCGAUUCAGGGAGGAACUCUCUCUCCAGCCUGCCCCCUUACGGAGGAGUGGGGUACAGCAUGGCGUCUAGUGAGGUCACUAGUGGACAUUUGGAGAAGAGCGUUCAACCAGGAAGUGCACACGGACACUCAAAUUCAGAUAGCGGGAGAUCGUCAUCGAGUAAAAGUACAGGGUCGGGGUCGCUGACAGGGAGGGGGCAGCCUUUGUCAGACAGUGGGUCGAAUGGGCGCUCCCCUGGUCCUGUGGAAGGGUACGAGGGAAUCGUGAGAGACCUGGAGGAUAAGCUCAGAGAGAGGGACAUGGAGCUGCAGCUGCUAAGAGACAACCUGGAUGAGAACGAAGCAGCCAUUUGUCAGGUAUAUGAGGAGAAGCAGAAGCGUUUUGAGCUGGAGAUUGAGGAGCUGAGGCAGAACUGUGCUACCAGAAUGCAGACCGCCUCUCAGAAAUCUCAACGCGCACAACAGGUCCUACAACUACAGGUGUAUCAGCUGCAGCAGGAGAAGAGGAAGCUUCAGGAGGACUUUGGUCAGCUCCUUAAAGAGCGUGAGCAGCUGGAGGAGAGGUGCACUUCAUAUGAACAUGAGAAGAUACAACUGGGACCACGACUGGAGGAGACCAAGUGGGAGGUGUGCCAGAAGUCGGGGGAGAUCUCUUUACUGAAGCAGCAGUUGAAGGAGGUGCAGGGGGAGCUAGCACAGCGCGUGGGAGAGAUCGUUUCAUUAAGAGGCCAACUCCGAGACACCCGCGGGGAGCUGACUAACGCACAAGUCCUGCUACAAGAGGCCCACGGCAUAAACCGAACCAGGACUUUAGAGCUGGAAGUGUGCGAAAACGAACUACAGCGACGCAAAAGUGAAGCGGAAUUAUUAAGAGAGAAAGUGGGACGACUCGAGGGUGAGAUAGUGCAACUUAGAGGCGCGUUAGCCAGUCAGGGACCAGGAAAUCGGCAGUGUCAAGUUUUCCAGGAAGCAGAGGAACAUCUAUUGGCUUUUGAAAGUGAUGAAGCGAAAGCACAGAGACAGAGCCAUACAGACGCAAUGCAGAAUAUAAAACUGCAAAUGGACAGGAUGAAGAGUGAACUAACUUUUGAACGUCAGCGAGCGGAGGAGCAGUUGGUAAAUUUUGAAGAGGAGCGCAAAGUGUGGCAAGAAGAAAAGGACAAAGUUAUUCGCUACCAAAAGCAACUGCAGCAGAAUUAUGUUCAGAUGUAUCGCAGGAACAGAGAGCUAGAGCAGCAUCUACAAGAGCUGAGCCAGGAACUGGAGAGCAGGGACGACGAUGAUGGGAGCGGGAAUGAGAUAAACUUUGAUGAAAUUGCGGCAACAGAAAUAUGAAAAUAUGACCCAACCAUGUCAUUUGCACUAGUUUCAUUGGUUUCUGCUCCUCCCAUAUGACAUAAAAUAGAUAUUACACACUGAUGAGGUAUGUCAUUGUGACCUGGUAUCACUGCACCUAUGCGGAUAGAUAGGAUUUAUUAGACUAACAUUAAAGCUGUAUUGUGUAACUUUUCUGGUGGAGUGUCAGUGUCUGGUACCACCUUGUGAUACUGACAAUCUGGUCUGGAAUGUUAUUGUUUUUGCAUUUAUUUCAUUAUGGGUAAUCAAAAGUACCUUGAAAAACAUGCAUUCUUAUGAGUGGGCUUGCCUAUCCAUAGAUCUGACCAGGCCUAUUUAACUUGGCCUUGUGCCGUCACCUGCUUGUCUAAUGUUAUACAGCAGAACAUUUCAGACAAAAUGACUUCACCACGGACACUAGCAGGAAAAGUUACAUAGUGCACCUUUUCUUGAACAAUAUGUCCUCGUCGCUCUUGUUUUAGAAAUGUAUUAAUUUACAUUUUAAGUUUAAAACAUUUAAUUUCAACAGUCUUAUUUGCGAUGGCUACACAGCUGGGUUUGGGUUGUCCGAAAUUGUCAAAACUGGUCCAUUGAGGUGACAUCAGGAGGAGCAGUGUGGUUUUCGUCCUGGUCGUGGAACACUGGACCAGCUCUAUACUCUCCAUCGGGUCCUCGAGGGCUCAUGGGAGUUUGCCCAACCAGUCCACAUGUGUUUUGAGGAUCUGGAGAAGGCAUUCGACCGUGUCCCUCGUGGUGUCCUUUGGGGGGGUUCUCUGGGAGUAUGGGGUCCGGGGCUCUUUGCUAAGGGCUGUCCGGUCACCAUAUGACCGGAGCAGGAGCUGUGUUCGCAUUGCCGGCAGUAAGUCAGACCUGUUCCCGGUGCAUGUUGGACUCCGCCAGGGCUGCCCUUUGUCACCGGUUCUGUUCAUUAUAUUCAGGAACAGAAUUUCUAGGCGCAGCCAGGGGCCGGAGGGGGUCUGGUUUGGGAACCACAGGAUUUCAUCUCUGCUGUUUGCAGAUGAUGUUGUCCUGAUGGCUUCUUUGAGCCAGGACCUGCAACAGGCACUGGGGCGGUUUGUAGCCGAGUGUGAAGCGGCUGGGAUGAGAAUCAGCUCCUCCAAAUCCGAGGCCAUGGUUCUCGACCGGAAAAAGGUGGUUUGCUCUCUCCGGGUGGGUGGAGAGUCUCUGCCCCAAGUGGAGGAGUUCAAGUAUCUCGGGGUCUUGUUCACGAGUGAGGGAAGGAUGGAGCGUGAUAUUGACAGGCGGAUCGGUGCAGCCUCUGCAGUGAUGUGGUCGCUGUAUUGGUCCGUUGUGGUAAAGAAGGAGCUGAGCCGGAAGGCGAAGCUCUCGAUUUACCGGUCAAUCUACGUUCCUACCCUCACCUAUGGUCAUGAGCUCUGGGUAAUGACCGAAAGGACAAGAUCGCGGAUACAAGCGGCUGAAAUGGGUUUCCUCCGCAGAGUGGCCGGGCGCACCCUUAGGGAUAGGGUGAGGAGCUCGGUCACACGGGAGGAGCUCGGAGUAGAGCCGCUGCUCCUACACGUUGAGAGGAACCAGCUGAGGUGGCUCAGGCAUCUGCUCAGGAAGCCUCCUGGACGCCUCCCUAGGGAGGUGUUCUGCGCAUGUCCCACCGGGAGGAGGCCCCGGGGAAGACCCAGGACACGCUGGAGGGACUAUGUCUCUCGGCUGGCCUGGGAACGCCUUGGGGUUCCACAGGAGGAGCUGGAGGACGUGUCCGGGGUGAGGGAAGUCUGGGAGUCCCUGCUUAGACUGCUGCCCCCGCGACCCGGCCCCGGAUAAGCGGAAGAAAAUGGAUGGAUGGAUGGUCCAUUGAGUUAAUAGGUGCAUAGCUUAGCGCAAUAGUUCCCAUUAAAAGCUACUAAUCUCAAUCUGUUACCAUUUUAGUGUCAUAAAUACACAGAAAGUUGCAGUUUUCCCAAAUGGGACCUGCCUCUCGGGUCUCUCCUCUUCAGUAGAUCAUGACCUCUAUUAGCCGUUAGUAGGUCAGGCCAGGCCUCCCAUUACUGACUUUUCUUUGUACCAAUUUCUCCUCAUCUUUGGAACAAAAAUCACAUCAUAUUUUUUGCAAUUUUCCAUACGCAAUGUGCUAAACCUGUACUUGUCUUUAUUAAAGGUUAGGGUGGCCACCACAGUAUAGAAUUAAACUGAUCUCCCUGGAGACUGGCAGGUGACGCUACCAAGCAAGAUUAUUUUUCCAAUAACACCUGUAAUUUAACACAUAUGAGAUAAUGCAUACUGACGGACAUUCCAGGCAACGCAAUAACUACUACUACACUACUAUGGUGACAAGCAUGUGGCAAGUUGGACUCCCUACCCCCCUAAUUGACCUUUUUUGCAGCUUUUUGACAUUUUCCUUAUUAUAAAAGAUAUACCUGAUAUUAGAGAUCAACUCAUAUGGGUUUUUCAUGGCUUGAUGCUGAUGCCAAUGGUUUAUAAUCCAGAGAAACCGUUGGCCGAUAAGAUCUGCCGAUAUUUUUGGGCCGAUAUGUAGGGCUAAUUUUGGUUAUUUUCCUCCAAUUUCGUCAUUUAAAUUGACUAUAAACUCCCCCUAAGCCUUUUUUUUUAACCACAAACCUAUAAGAGAGCUGUGUAAUCAUGCUAUGUUCAGCGAUCUCUUCAUAUUAAAGUGUUAAUAUAAAGCUUUGUGUGUAUAUCAUAGGUAGCAGAUUGAUCAAUACAAAAUAUCAGCCUAUGCUGGAGCUUUAAGGCCGAUAGCCAAUACGUUAAAAAGUCCAAAUAUCGGUCUAUCUCUACUUGAUGUCCAAACUUUGGCAUACCUUUUAGAUGAAUUAUGUGUCGCCUACCUCUGUGCGUUUGUGACGGUUUAAUGACUAACGUUCAACCUUUCACUCUCCUCCCACUGUUGUGUUUGUGUGACUGGUCUGCCCGCUGGCUUUAGCACUCUCCACUCCUUCUAAAUGUGUUAGGAGUAAGUUUCAUUUAAUUCACAUAAAGCCAAUAUUUAACAAGCAGGAGGUUAGUACGAGGAGUAGGAGUCUCCGCGUCUUGUGCUCUGUGGUGAGUCACGCAGACCUGUAGGUGGCGCCAGUAGCAAUAUUUGUGACUAAAGCAGUAUUUUCAUCAAGUGUUCAAAGUUAUUUAAACAUAGGAAUUUCUAAACGUUACACUUGCGUUACCAUCAAAUUGUUCCCUUGUUUUAGAGGAUCUGAUGAUGCAUCACUGGACAGGGUCGAGAUCAAAGCAACCAAACUCUUACAGUGGCUGCAGUUACAAUUGGAGCCCCUUCCUAUGAAUUUAUAUUAGAGGGAGGACCAUGUUAGGUUUCUUGCCCAAAACCUCCAAAUUUUCUGUCAAUGAGCCUGCUCAGUGUACUAGUCACUUUUGAACACAAUUUUAAAAGCAUUUUAGAUCAUGCUUUUAUAGAAAACUUUAUCAAUCAAAGUGUCGGAACCAAAGCAAUUAAACUAAUAGAGUAGCCAAGUGCUCAUUUAAACCACAAAACUAUGAUCAUGACCCACAUUAAUAAUAUUGACGACAAUCUUGGUUAAGUUAAUUAUUACCCAACAUUAUCACAUUUUAUCUUAAAUAGCUUUCAAACAAGAGUAUAAGCAAAAUGGAUGAAGUAGCAAUGACUAUAAUCAGAUCAGAUCCUGUUAUGAUUUGACAAAUUUUAUUGGAGCGCUAGUAACUCUUACUGGGUAUUAUGUUGUUUUAACUGUUACUAUUUGAUUGUAAAGUAUAAUUGGUAUUAUUCAAAUUAAGAUAUUGUAUAUUAUUGGUUGCUGUUUUGACUCAAAGCAUCAGAAUAAUCCUUGUUCAGUUUGACUGUAUAUGGUUACUAUAGGAAAUAUUAACUCAGUGUUAUUUAAACCUUAAAACAUUAAUCUUAACCGUUGUAUUUUAGUUCCUACCCGGUGUACAUUGACUUCCCUGUUUGGAGCAGGACACACCCAAAACCAACAGAAGGCUCUUGUUGCUGCUGACUGAAUGUAACUUUGUGUAAAUAUUUUCCACAAUUGAACAGAAAUUGGUUAUAAAUGAAGUUUGUCAGAGAUGAGAUGAAACAUAGCCACUGUGAAUGACCAAAGCAAUGUCCCGUGUAUUUUGCUCAUCCACAAUAAUGCGUGUACAUUAUAGGAUCUAUGUGGACGUUUGUUUUCAGCGUAAUUUUAUAAUUUACAAUAUUUGUAUGAGGACAUUAAAUGUAUAUUUUCAUGCUGUACAGUCUUGAACAAAUCUAUGUUUUAUUAAAAAUAUCUGAAGUAG